AUGGCAAAAACAGAGGGCAAGGCUAUUGGUAUUGAUCUUGGCACAACAUAUAGUUGUGUUGGAGUGUGGCAAAAUGAUCGAGUCGAAAUAAUUCCCAAUGAUCAAGGCAAUAGAACAACACCAUCCUAUGUUGCAUUCACAGAUACUGAGAGGCUUAUAGGUGAUGCAGCCAAGAAUCAAGUGGCUAUGAACCCACAAAACACCGUUUUCGACGCGAAACGCCUCAUUGGUCGAAGAUUCUCCGAUCCUUCUGUACAGAAUGAUAUGAAGCUCUGGCCGUUUAAGGUGAUUCCGGGACCUGGUGACAAGCCUAUGAUUGUGGUUGAUUACAAGGGCGAAAAGAAACAGUUCGCUGCCGAGGAGAUAUCGUCGAUGGUUUUGACUAAGAUGAAGGAAAUUGCUGAGACUUUCUUGGGGCAAACAGUGAAGAAUGCAGUGGUGACUGUGCCUGCUUAUUUUAACGAUUCGCAGAGGCAGGCCACGAAGGAUGCUGGGGCUAUUGCUGGGCUCAAUGUGAUGAGGAUUAUAAAUGAACCUACUGCUGCAGCUAUAGCUUAUGGAUUGGACAAGAAGGCGUCGAGGACUGGUGAAAAGAAUGUGUUGAUUUUCGAUCUUGGAGGUGGGACUUUUGAUGUUUCGCUUUUGACGAUAGAGGAAGGGAUUUUUGAGGUGAAGGCCACUGCUGGGGACACUCAUUUGGGUGGUGAAGAUUUCGACAAUCGGCUGGUAAAUCACUUUGCGGCCGAGUUCAAAAGGAAGCACAAGAAGGAUAUAAGUGGCAAUGCCAGGGCGUUGAGGAGGUUAAGGACAGCUUGUGAGAGGGCAAAGAGGACUUUGUCUUCAACUACGCAGACGACGAUAGAGAUUGAUUCUUUGUACGAGGGUAUUGAUUUCUAUGCCCCAAUCACGAGGGCGAGAUUUGAGGAGCUGAACAUGGAUUUGUUCAGGAGAUGUAUGGAGCCUGUGGAGAAAUGUAUAAGGGAUUCCAAGAUUGAUAAGAGCCAAGUGCAUGACGUGGUGCUUGUUGGAGGUUCGACGAGGAUUCCAAAAGUGCAGCAGCUCUUGCAAGAUUUUUUCAAUGGGAAGGAGCUUUGCAAGAGUAUUAAUCCGGACGAGGCUGUGGCUUAUGGAGCUGCAGUUCAGGCCGCAAUUCUAUGCGGUGAAGGCAAUGAGAAGGUUCAAGAUUUACUGCUGCUUGAUGUUACACCUCUCAGUCUUGGUAUUGAGACUGCUGGUGGUGUGAUGACAGUUUUGAUUCCAAGAAACACGACGAUUCCUGCCAAGAAAGAGCAAAUCUUCUCGACCUACUCUGACAAUCAGCCCGGUGUGCUCAUUCAGGUUUAUGAAGGAGAGAGGCCUAUGACAAAAGAUAACAAUCUUCUGGGGACCUUUGAGCUCAAAGGUAUACCACCAGCACCAAGAGGUGUGCCACAGAUCAAUGUCUGUUUUGACAUUGAUGCGAAUGGUAUUUUGAAUGUAUCGGCUGAGGACAAGACUGCUGGUGUAAAGAACAAGAUUACAAUUACAAACGACAAGGGAAGACUGAGCAAGGAAGAGAUUGAGAGGAUGGUUCAGGAGGCUGAGAAGUACAAGGCUGAAGAUGAAACCGUGAAGCAGAAGGUGGAGGCGAAGAAUGCAUUGGAGAAUUAUGCGUAUAACAUGAGGAAUACUAUAAAGGAUGAGAAAAUCGGAGGGAAGUUGGAUCCCUCUGAUAAGAAGAAAAUUGAGAAGGCAAUCGAUGAGGCUAUUGAUUGGUUGGACCGGAACCAGUUGGCUGAAGUGGAUGAACUCGAGGACAAAUUGAAGGAAUUAGAGGGUUUGUGCAAUCCCAUUAUUUCUAAGAUGUACCAGGGUGCUGGUGGAGAUGUGCCAAUGGGCAGUGGUGCUGACAUGCCGGGAGCUGGUUAUGGCAAUGCUAGCUCUGGCAACGCCGGUGCUGGGCCCAAGAUUGAGGAAGUUGACUAA